AUGGAGGAUUUGAAAGCCCCUGUCAGAUUUUUCCACAAGUCUUCAUUCAGCAUCAGCAGCCUGCUGUUUCGACGAGAGGGGGUGAUGAGUGAUGACGGUGCCGUGCUGGAUGGGCAUCUUUCCAGAAAACACAUUUUUUCGGGGCCAUCUACUAGGCCUAAAGAAGUUUGUGCUCAAGAUGGAACAUAUGAUUUACAUGGAGACAAGAACUGUCAUAAAGAAUACGCAGUCCAAGAGGACAAACGACUCUCCAGAGAUGGAGAAAGGGAAGACGGAGAAGAUACCGAUGGAGUGGGAGAGGUGAAGACAUGUGGAGGAGUAGAGGGAAAAGCUAAACCGGAGAAACCUCCUUUCAGCUAUAACGCAUUGAUAAUGAUGGCUAUUCGCCAGAGCCCGGAGCGAAGGCUUACGCUCAACGGCAUUUACGAGUUCAUAAUGGGCAACUUCCCUUACUAUCAAGAAAAUAGACAAGGAUGGCAGAAUUCAAUCCGACAUAACCUGAGUUUGAACAAGUGCUUCGUCAAAGUACCUCGCCAUUAUGAUGACCCAGGCAAAGGCAACUACUGGAUGCUUGACCCUUCAAGCGAGGACGUAUUCAUAGGUGGCACAACUGGUAAACUCCGGCGCCGUUCCACGGCGGGCACCCAGACAAAGCUGGCAAUAAAACGGGGUGCCCGUUUGACCUCCACCACUGCCGCCGGGCUGGCGUUCACUGGGUCCUUUUAUUGGCCGGUGCCAUCGUUUCUAAACCUUCAACCUCAUGCGAACUCACACCCGGGCAUGGGGUCAUGUGUAGUGCCCAAUCACUCCAACUAUGCCACCUCGAUCCUUUCUCAACGGUCACACCACAUGAGUGCCAUAAAUACUGGAGCAGAACGACUCUUCCAAACAAACCAGGAGUCAUCUUAUUUUGGCAUGGGUGCAGGCGCGCAGUACCGUCGCCAUCACCAAAUGAACGCAGCCACAACAUUCGCCUCUUCAUCGUUGCCAUGCACUUUGUCUCUCCCUAACCCUUGUUCCUUUAACCUGCUCAACCGACAAGCUAGUUAUUUUUACUCGCAUCACCAGGUACCCCACCCGGCGACAUUCAAUACAUGGUGCCAGGAGGAGUACCCCCCAACCAAGGCAUCUCCAGCCGGACCCAUUUACUCCGGAAAAAAUGGGCCAUCGGAUUGCUUGGGGAGUUUGUGUGCGGAGUUCCCUAAUUAUUUCCCCUCAAGCAGCCCCAUGAGCUCCCUCAACACCAAUCUUUCUUGGAAUGCAGGGGAAUGA